CAACUUCUCGCGCCAAAAACAGGGUGUGGCAUACCGUCGGUUUCACAUUGAAGAAGGCUUCGACGGGAACGCAAGAAGCUCCUCAUCGACAACAACAUGAGUACAACGACACAGGGAAGCAACGAGGUUUCUCGUGGUGGGCGUCUUAACAAAACUGAUAAGACACGCCGCAGCUGGACCACACGAGAGGAAGAGGUCCUCUUGGCUGCACUGAAGGAAUUAGUGGCUCAAGGGUGGAAAUCCGACAAUGGAUUUCGCCCGGGAUAUUUGACGAAGCUCGAGGAAGCUAUGAGGAAGGCAUUUCCUACGACGGACUUGAAGGGUAUGCCACACAUCAAUUCGAAAACGACAACUUGGAAGAAAAAUUAUUACUCUCUUUGUGAGAUGCUUAAGAAUAGUGGUGUGGGAUUCAACGUAGCCGGAACACAUAUGAUAGAUUGUACUGACGAGCAGUGGGAAGGUAUUGUGCAGAAAGAUAACAACGCGCGCUUCAUGCGCUACAAAAGCUGGCCUUAUCUUGACGCAUGGAAAGAAAUUUUCGGCAAGGAUCGAGCCAAUGGUGAUAUGGCCGAAGACAUGAUGGAAGCAACUCACGAUAUGUACCGUGAUAUCGACCUAAGUCAGCCACACGGUGACGGUGACUAUCAUGUCAACUUGGAUGAUAUAUUUGAGAAUGCUAAUGAAGAUGAAUGCGCGAGUCAGGUAAAGCAAUCGGAGGUCGUAACCCCUGUUGUGAUUAAGAAGAAGCGGAAGACCGCUGAUGGUUUCAGUGUUAUGUGUGCUGCGCUGACUGAUAUAAGUAAGGAUACAGGUAAGAGGUUGGACACAAUAUCAACCAGAGUUGGCCAUGACGUCGACGUCUCGCGAGCAAGAAAGGAGGUGUUUGCUCAACUUAGUGCUAUCCCUGGUUUGUCACAGAAGGCAAAAUUUGAAAUCAGUGACUUGCUCGCGAAGGAGGCGGAGCGUUUGGAUAUUUUCACAUCAAUUCCCGACGAGAAGAAGCCUGACUAUGUCAGGUACUUGCUCGAAGAAAAGUAUAAACUAUGAAGCAUCAUCACUGGCGUACCAACGUAAAUUAGUAGCCAUCAUGAAGUAGUCUGGUGUGAAUCUCAUAAUGAGAUGUAGUAAGCUUGUCUUUAUAUCCUUUUGCAUCAAUGAUGUACUUAACUUUUGACUUAGCGUUAUUAUGACUUAGGUUCUACUUCUAUAAUUUAGUUUCUGCUUAAUUUUCCGUACUCAAACUCCUUCGUGCUUGCAGUGUAUAUUUGAAGGAAGUGUCGAAGUUUAAUAUGAAUGUUUAUGCUUAUUAAAUUUA